AUGCCUGCCGAGAAGAAUCAGGCGGAGAAGAAGCCGAAGGCCGGCGAGAAGCUGCCGAAUGAAGGCGGCGCCGCUGCCGCCGGCGACAAGAAGAAGAAGAGAGCGAAUAAGAGAAUAGUGACGUACCCGGACAUCGGGAUCUCUAGACAUGGGCAUCAUGAAAAGCUUCACCAGAGACUUUUUCGAGAAGCUCGCACAGAAGGCAUUGCGGCGCGCACGGUACAACGAGAAGCUGACCAUCAUCUCCCGGGAGAUUCAGACCGCCGUGAGCCUGGUGUUGCCAGGGGAGCUAGCCAAUUUGAAAUCAGGGUUUCUGAUUUGGGAAAAGAUUGGAUUCUUUCGCUUCCCAAAAAAUUUGAAAUCAAUUGUAUGUACAACAAGAAGCCGACCAUCACCUUUCGGGAGAUUCAGACUGUCGUGAGGCUGGUGUUACCGGGGGAGACAGCCAAGUACGCAUCUGAAGGGUUUCUGACCCAAAUUGUUGUACAACAGCUAAAAGUGUCUCGGCUGACUCAGCCGCUCUACAAUUUUGUUCGUACAGUGGACACUCUCUUCAACAGCUUCGACGACAACAAAAAACACACCAGCCAGAAAGUUGAUACUUAUGCCGGCCUGAUUGGCUUAUGGCACUUAGCGCACUUUCACUUUCACUUUCACAACGAGUGCACGGCCGGCCACUGGAGAUUAAUGUCCGGAACAAUUAGUGAACAGAAGGAAUACAUUACUGAGCAAUGUAACCAGAUGAUAUCCCAACUUCACGAUUUGUACGAUCCAGAAAAGCUCGACUGCAACAUUGUGGUCGUCAAACACUCGGAGCCGAAAGUCCUUCAACUAAACCUCAUAGAACCCAACAAAAACCACUCUACGAACGAGCUCGACAACAACAAUGUCCCCCCUAACGCGAGCCCCACGGCCAGCCCAGACCGAACCACCUCUCUCUCGAACCUCGACGCCUUCAACUUACAACCAUCCUACUCUUCCCGAGAAUCCGAGUUCGACCAAACGGACUCUGACUACACGGGCAGUCAAAUCCCGAGCUCUCGCUCCACGAGCAUAUCCUACUCGAGCCCGGACUCGCGCAACAACUUGAGGCACAUAAUGUCGUUGAGAAGAAGGGGCGGCGGGCCCCACGACCCCCCGCCGCUCUGUUCAAUAUGCCACAACAAAUCGCCCGUGUUUGGGAAUCCGCCGAGGGUAUUUUCGUACCACGAGCUCGAACAGGCAACGGACGGGUUUUCGGAUCGGAAUUUCUUGGCGGAGGGCGGGUACGGGUCGGUGCACUACGGGGUUUUGUGGGACGGACAAGUGGUGGCCGUGAAGCAACAUAAGCUCGCGAGCACGCAGGGUGACCGCGAGUUCUGCUCGGAGGUGCAGAUACUGAGCUGCGCGCAGCACCGUAAUGUGGUGAUGUUGAUUGGGUAUUGUGUGGAGGAUGGGAGGAGGUUGCUUGUGUAUGAGUUCAUAUGCAAUGUGUAUGUACCGAGAACGGGAAUCCCCGACCUCAUCGUCUCUCAGAAGAGGACAAUUGAUGGUUUGGAAGUUUAUUAA